AUGCAGCUCGGUCUCUAUAUAGGAGAUGCUAAAAGAUUUCCCGGAACUGGUUCAGAGGACAUCUGCCACUUGUGGUUAUGCUUUGAGAGGGAGUCUAGUUCCUUGGAUGAUUUUGACCGUGCUGGACAAAAGGUCACUCCUCGUCUGGAAGGGCAACAAUUAUUUAAGUCACAACAAGAAACCAAAUUUACAGGAGAGGGGGAUGAUUAUUUCAAGAAGAAUGCUUGUGACAAGAAAAAGCAAGUUUCAGAGAUAGCUGAUGAACAAUAUCCAGCAAAGUGGCAAAAGAGUGCAGCUCAAAAGAUAAAGAAAGCACAUGGGAAGGAUUCUGAGAUUCUGAACUCCUUUGAACAAAAUACAGAGGAAAAGAUCAAAGCCAAGGGUGACAAACCAGAUGUAGAAAAUGAGCAACCGAUGAAAGAGCCUGUUUCAGAGAAAACAAAAGUACAUGCUCAUCAGUGCACUGCAUUUGUAUUAAAUUUUCCCUCUAAGGCAAAUGAAGAACAUCUGCGUCAAAUCUUCGGUGAUGUUGGGGGAGUGGUUGCUAUUAGAAUACUGCAUGACAAGUUCACUGGAAAGCCAAGGGAAAUGGCAUUUGUGGAUUUUUCAGAUGAUGCACACCUCAUUGCAGCUGUAGCAAAAAAUAAACAAAGGCUCCUUGGAAAGAAGCUGAACAUUGCAUGA